GAUUUUAAUGAUGGGCAUCUAAGAGGACCUCUUUUUUUUUUUUGGAGGGGGAGGGGCCCUCUUUCCGCAGCUGAUUCCUAGCAGUUUACUGAUUGUACACUACCCCCCACUUAAGUAUAUAAACAAACUCACCUUUCUCGCCGUCGCGCCCCGACCGAAUACCUCUCUUCCUCCCCUUUCUUCUUGACGCUCUUCUUUCCACACGACACACAUAUACUUACAUACCUCAAAAGCUUAUUCAAUUUCCAUCAAAGAUCAAUUGAUCAAUAUAAUUCUCCGUCUCAAUACUCACUGCACACCAUUCCUCAACUUUUCACCUACUUAUUCAAAAUGGGUCCCAAGAAGGCAGAUGGAGCUCCCGCUGCUCCCAAGUCCAAGAGCACUCAUGCUACCUACCAGGACAUGAUUACUGAUGCCAUUGUUCAUCUCAAGGAAAGAAAUGGUUCAAGCCGUCAGCAAUUGAAGAAAUAUGUGAGAGCGAACAACACUAUUAAUGUGACGGACAAAAUGUUCGACUCUUUGUUCAACAAGGCCCUGAAGGGUGGUGUCGAUAAGGGAAUCUUCGAGCAACCCAAGGGACCUUCCGGUGGCACCAAGCUAUCCAAGAAGUCCAAGCCCGCUGCUGCUAAGCCUGCUGCGAAGAAGGAGGGUGACAAGGAGGCCCCCAAGAAGGCUGCACCCAAGAAGGACGCCACUAAGAAGACUGCCGCACCCAAGAAGGCAGCUGCUCCGAAGAAGGAAGGCACUGAGAAGAAGCCUGCUACAAAGAAGGCUGCUGCUCCCAAGAAAGCCCCAGCCGCAAAGAAGACAGCGACAAAGAAGGAUGCUCCGGCUGCCACUGCCUCUGCCACAGAGGAAAAGCCUGCUGCUUUAACGAAGACCAAGUCAGGACGAGUUGCAAAGACAGCAGCAGCUAAGCCAGCAGCAAAGAAGGCCGCGCCGAAGAAGGCUGCUGCACCAAAGAAGGAGAAGGCACCUAAGAAGGAAGCAAAAGCUGAAGCCGCGGCAUGAGCGAUUGUUUGUUAAUUUGUGUUCUUUAACUUGUGUGUUGGAGCUUGGCGGGUUCACUGGCGUUCAGGAAACUAGGUACAAAGCGUUGCGCGCAUUUGCGUCGCGUCUAUUGCUCAGCGGAAUAGGUCAUGCUUUGGUAGGGUCGGUAGGAAUUAGGGUGAAAUGGGGUGAAGAAGGUUCUCGAAGCAUUGCGAUUGUAUCCAAUAUUCCU